UUCUGGUUUCUCCGUCGUCGGAAAGCUCUGUGCUUCGUUCCACGCUUAAACCAUUUAAAACAUUUGAAGCUUCGUUUUCUCCAUCGCAAACGAAAGUAAGCUCCAUUUCACCGUCUGAAGCAUCUGAAUCUAUAUUUUUCAUGGAGUAGAGAUAGAAGAGAAGAGAUCGGAAACCAUCUCUAGUGAAGCAAAUGUCCAGUACUUGUCUUUUGGUCGUGUUAUCCAUUUUCAUGCUAUUCUUACUUGUUUCUUCUUCGUUCUCACUUCCUCUAUGUACAAAUUCAACUGCCCCUUUUACGCCAAAUGUUUCUCUAACAUUCUGUCCCUACAAUGGCACCAUCUGUUGUGAUGGCAACGGCGCCGGUGAUUUACUCUUGAAGAACCAAUUCGAAUCAAUGAACAUCUCCGAUCCCGCCUGUGCUUCUCUCCUUAGAUCAUCCAUAUGUUCUAAAUGUGAUCCGUUUUCAGCAUAGCCGUUCAGAGUGAAAUCUAACCCGCGAAUGGUGGAAAUGGGGAAAGCAUCAGACCGCUGUGAAGUUUAUGAUGAUGAAGAAGAUGAAUCUUACGAAAAAUGGCAGAUGCGUUGGAGAAGUAGGUGACCUUCGAGUUAUGUAGGCAUCGAUGACAUGCAGUUGCAGAAGAAGAGAUGAUGAGGAUGAAGAAGAAGAAAGUAAAAAAGUAUAAGAAUCCUGAUUUUUAGUGAGAGGGAAGGAAGCAGAAUGAACACGGAAUGAAAGCUGCUAGGGUUUUUAGUUUUUUUUUUCACGCUGUCAUCCACGUAACUCCAC